AUGGCAUCAGAACUCACGCCCAAGUUUGCGCCCUUCCUGGGGAUGGGAGGCAUCGCGGCGGCAAUGAUCUUUGGAUGUACGGACAUCAAGAGCGAGCGCAACAUUGGGGAACAACACUGAGAUUCAGUACAGGCAUAGGAGCUGCAUACGGCACAGCGAAAUCAGGCAUCGGUAUCGCCAAUGUCGGUACCUUCAGACCGGACCUCAUCAUGAAGGUAUUGCAACUACGAUGAAAGAGCUUUGGGACAGCAUCUGACACGGGCGAUAGUCCCUCAUUCCGGUUGUCAUGUCUGGUAUCAUCGCAGUAUAUGCGCUCGUCGUCGCCGUAUUAAUAGCAGGAAACAUGAAGCCGCCGCCAGACCAGGAAUACAGCCUGUUCAAUGGUUGCAUGCACCUCGCAUGUGGCCUCUCCGUAGGCUUGACGGGUCUGGCGGCAGGCUACGCUAUCGGCAUUGUGGGCGAUUCGGUACGGAGAAGCGCAGUGCUCAACACAGGACAUGGACACAGACGGCUGACAGAACGGAAAGGGCGUACGCGCGUACAUGCAGCAGUCACGGAUUUUCGUCGGAAUGGUCCUCAUCCUCAUCUUUGGAGAAGUCCUGGGUCUCUAUGGGUACGUGGAGCAGUGCAGAGGUGGACCGAAAGGCGCGUCUUGGAAACUGACCUGCUCCGAUAGGUUGAUCGUUGCACUGAUCCUCAACACAAGAGCGUCGGGUUGA